AUGAGUGAGGCCUGUGAGGGGGACCAACUAGGUGUGACUCCGCUUCCACCCAAGUUGCAGCUGCCGUCAUCCUCCACUGACAACCGCGUUCAGGGCAACGCUGAGCCGUGUCAGCGGCAGCAGCAGGUGGAUGAGGAUAACACUGAGGUGACUCGUACACGAUGGGAGGCAGCUGCGGCGGGAGCGAGGCGGCCAUUGCGGCGUUACAAGAAGGAUAUAACGUGGAGGCAGCCACCUCGGGCGCGCACACAACGGCCACUGCCGCAAGAUUGUCAAGAUGCGCCUCCGCCUUUGGAGGCACCAGCGUGUGUGCCGUUGGUGCAGGUGCAAAAUGUGGAGUUUCCGGCCUCUUUUUUCCUUGACACUUCACAGGGCUCACCUUUGAACACCAAGAUAUCCUUAGCGACGCAUUCUCUGUCACCGAGUGACAAUUUCAAAGACAAAUCGAGCAAAUUUGUUUCAGUGGGUGGUGGUGGUGGUGGUGGGCUUCAUGAUGCGAGGGUGCGCCCUCCGCCAAUCGUAACGAGUGAAGAUAUUAUGUUUAGACAGUCUGGCCGGCCUAGACCAAGUCCUGAGUCCUGUGUCGUGCAUCCACAAGGGUUCCGCAUACUUAAGAACCGUAGUGUGGUGGAGCGAUCAUUGCGCAGCUACUUUCGUUUGCCCCCCGCACCAUGUUCGCGCCUUGUCAGGGACCGUUUGUGGACACAACGACAAUUGAUGGCAGUUGAAAUGAAAGAGGAUGAGGAAGAGGCUCAGUUUUUUGCAAAUGCCGUGGAUGCUCCUCACCGGCAAUCACACAUGUUGCUUGACGGUUAUCUUCUUCUUUGCGCGAGUGGUCAAGCGGAGCCGGAAGCGGUGGAGGCGGUGACACUACAGAGUUUUCAUAUUGUCGGUGCGAUUGAGGAUGACUUGGCCCAUUUUCAGAGCCUGCGCUUUCUUGACCUGAGUGAGAAUAGGCUUCUGCUGGAGCACCUACUUACCCUGACUGGACUUGAGAUGCUGCAUCUCCCGUACAAUAAGAUCAGCUCUUUGGCGGGCAUCGCACGCGUGGUCAUGGAGCAACAGAUACAGCCUACAAACAGUAGUAAUGUCUACAUAAAACGUGGCGAUGGAGUUGGCGUAGUGGACAAUGCGACGCACGAUAGUAAGUCCAUUAGGAAUGCUGCGGCCUAUUAUGCUCAAAAAAAAACAGGUACACCGCCUCAUCCCGACGAUGGCUUACGCUGGCGCACGCCAGUCGCAACCAGCCUGAAUAGUGGUGGUGCCACGGUUGAUGCAGCCCAGGUUGCUGGGUAUUAUUCGCCACAUCAUAAGACUCUGGGACGCCCUCAUCAAGCGUUAGAGUGUAGUUUGCAUGAUGUUCUUUUGCCAAACCUGCGUGCUCUGAAUCUUUCCUUUAACAAGAUUCCUCCGGCUGACAUUUUGCAUUUGUCAUACUUCCCUUUUCUUGAAAAACUUGACUUGAGCGGGAAUGAUUUGCGCGUAUUGCCAGAGGAUCUUGCGGAUCUCACAAGUGUGACACAUUUUGCACUUGAGCGAAAUCACUUUCGCGACGGUAAUAUCAUCUUUGCAGCACUCUCCACAAUGCCAGCGCUCACUGAAGUCAACCUCAAUCAUAACGAACUGCGUCAUGUACCUCCACUUUCCGUGAAAAAUGGACGUGGGCUUUGUUUUCCUUCGAUUGAGGUGAUUGGUUUGGGGCACAACCACUUCGCAGGUGCGCGGGAUGUGGCGGCGCUGACGGAGCUUGUACGGACGCUACAGCAGGUCAUGCUUGCGGGGAACCCUAUUGCGCGUAAAGACAAAGAACGUAGCGCGGCGCACUCAAUUUUUGUGCAGGCCGUGAUGAAUCUUUACUGGGAGCAAGCCGUUGCUCGCCGCUCUGACAAUGAUGAAGUUAACUCCUCCAAUCACUUUGACACCGACGUGCCACUUGAAGAUGUCUCACAGCUCCAAACGCCACAUCAAAAUGAAUGUGGGGUGGCCGAUGAAGCGGAGGCGGCGCAGAGUGGAUACCAUCAAUGGAGCAGUCUUGUGGAAUCAUGGCAGCCGCCACAGGUGAAGUCGGAAUCAAAACGUUCCUCGCCUUUUAUCACCAAACUUUAUGAGAGUGGGGACAAUGACGACUCCUCCGAUCGUCGUCGCUUAUACACGCCAAAUGUCUCACACUCUUCCGCGAUGCCAGAGGAGAACAACGGCAUUAACAAUUUAUUUUGGUAUGGCGAUGCGGAACCGCUCUUGGUUCGGGGGACAAGGACUAAGGGGAGCGAUCACACCCUACCAAAACUACCAACACCCUCGUUGUUGCGGUUUGUGGAGCUUGUCUUUGACGACACUGUGAUAAAGAAACAAAAGCCGGGCUACUUCUAUUCCAAGUGGCGUCAACUCGCAGUGGAGGGUGAAACUCAACGCCACAUGAUGACAGGCGUGGGACAGUUGUCGUCUUUGGUGCAUCCCAAGACCGGUCUCGUCACCGUGCCGAACUAUGCCGAGUUUAUGGACAUCUACCGCCUUCUUGAGGACCCACCCUUGCCACGCCGUGGAUUUGGAAGACGCAAUUACGCCGCAGGGCGCGAGAGAAAGCGGAAGCAAAGGGAGAGUAUUGUGGUGCCCCAGGCCGCAGCUGACGACGCAGGGGAGGAAGAAGAGGGAAGGAAGAGCGACGAAGAGAGUGAAGAGGCUGUGGCUACCACACCAGUGGAUCAGCAGAGUACGGGGACGGACGAGAAGUAUGACACGGAGGACUCCCAGUCAGAGGGAAGUGAGACCCCUCGAGACGUUGUGUUUAUGACAGGUGUGGCGUUAGAAGAUCAUCGUGCUUCACACCAAAAGAGGCUGGAGAAGACAACGUCGCGGCAGGCACCGGCGCAGGAAACCCCUGUUGAAGAUUAUUCUGCAAGCGUAAAUGAGGGAGCGGCACCUUGCCCUGAUACUAGAGAGGAUGUGCAGACCAGGGACGUGAAGAGAGAGACGGAUAAUACAAAACGGAGGCAGCCGCCGCGGUGCCGAGAGCGUUCCCCUCGGAAUGGAAAGGAGUCACAACCCACGCCAGGGGUAGUGGAGCCUCCGAGUACGAACGUUCGUAUUCUUAUGAAUGAGCUUCGUCGCAUGUUACGCCGUCCACUCCCAUCGUUGCCGCCUGUUUCUACAAGCCAAGGCGCUGGGAGGAUAUAA